CGGGAUCGGCAUGCUGCGGGCUGUGUAUGGGGCGGGCUGGGACGGGCCUGGCCAGGCCAGCCGCCGGCGUUCGCGCGGGGUCUCGGGGUCGCCGCGCAUCCCAGAGCUGCCUGUGUCUUGCCUUGGGUAGUGCUUGGCUGUGCCCUCCUGAGCACAGCGGCGAUGAUCACGUUCAUGAACAAUUCGGACAGCGAGGAGGAGCCCUGCAAUGAGAGAACAUCCCUGAUGUCUGCAGAGAGCCCUCCAGUACCCUCCUACCAGGAUGGCCUGCAAGCCUCAGAAGCAGGGGAAGCACAGGCACAUAGGAAGAGGCGAGCAGGCGGCAGCCGUGGCCCAAACAAUAUUGCUGCUGGAGAAAUGUCCGGCUCAGGUGUUCCAGUGAGAGAAAGCAUCCUGGAAAAUGAAGAAGAGGAACUGACUCUGAAAUAUGGAGCAAAGCAUGUAAUCAUGCUCUUUGUGCCUGUCACCCUUUGUAUGAUUGUUGUCGUCGCCACCAUAAAGUCAGUGCGCUUCUAUACGGAGAAAAACGGGCAGCUGAUCUACACCCCUUUCAGUGAGGACACCCCGUCUGUGGGCCAGCGUCUCUUGAACUCGGUGUUGAACACCAUCGUAAUGAUCAGUGUCAUCAUUGUAAUGACUGUGUUCCUAGUGCUGCUCUAUAAAUAUCGCUGCUACAAGUUCAUCCAUGGCUGGCUGAUCCUGUCCUCCCUGAUGCUGCUCUUCCUCUUUACCUACAUAUACCUCGGGGAAGUAUUGAAGACGUACAACGUGGCCAUGGAUUAUCCCACUCUGUUCAUAGUCAUCUGGAAUUUUGGAGCUGUUGGAAUGAUUUGCAUCCACUGGAAAGGUCCCUUGCAGCUCCAGCAAGCUUACCUCAUUAUGAUCAGUGCUCUAAUGGCAUUGGUGUUCAUUAAGUAUCUACCUGAGUGGUCAGCAUGGGUGAUUCUAGGCGCAAUCUCCAUCUACGAUCUGAUGGCUGUUCUCUGUCCCAAGGGGCCACUGAGAAUGCUGGUAGAAACUGCACAGGAGAGAAAUGAGCCCAUUUUCCCUGCAUUGAUAUAUUCCUCUGCUAUGAUGUGGACAGUUGGAAUGGCAAAGCCAGACACAGCAGCAAGAGCUCCAAGUCAGCAGACAUGGGAUGCAGCUGAGGAUGGGAGAGAACACCUCAGGAGCCCUUCUCAUGCAGAGUCUCAGAUGUCAGAGACGAGGAGUCCUGUUCCAACUCGCCCCAUCACUUCUUUAGAGGAGCUCGAGGAGGAGGAAAGGGGUGUGAAGCUGGGCCUCGGAGACUUCAUAUUUUACAGCGUGCUUGUUGGGAAAGCGGCUGCCACAGCUAGUGGAGACUGGAAUACCACACUGGCCUGCUUUGUAGCCAUUCUCAUAGGUUUAUGCCUAACACUUUUACUGCUGGCUGUUUUUAAGAAAGCACUGCCUGCUCUUCCCAUCUCCAUCACCUUUGGCUUGAUCUUCUACUUCUCGACGGACAACCUUGUGCGACCGUUCAUGGACACCCUGGCUUCCCACCAGCUGUAUAUUUAGAAGAAGUGGGAGUUAGAGGAUUCUUUUUCAAGCUUUGCUGUGAAGUAUGGUACAAAUGUUUGGAAUAGGUCAUAAAGUUUUUACACUUAGUGCCAUAUAUUUGUAAGGAAAACACUAAUUCCUUGAUAGGCCGUGUACUAAAAAUCUAAUAGUUACAUGUUGAACUGAGAUUUUUCACAGGACUUUUGGUGAAAAGCCUGGCUCCUUGCUGAUAUCAGAGUGUUACUUCUAUUUUAUUUGAUGUGCACAGUGGCUGUUGUGAGCACAGAAACCUGUAUGUGGCAUGGAACACUGGAGAGGUGAGGGGUCUGAUCUUCCAGGAGCUAAGUAAGGUGUUUUAGCCCUGGAACUCCAGUCAUCUUUUACCACAGUCUAGAAUUUCCGAGUCUUCACACUUCUGAAGUGUUGUGCAAACAUGAGGCGCAAGUGAUUGGAAAAGCCCAGCUGGGAGCAUGCACAGAGCAGUGUGUGAGCCAUUAGAGAAGUGAGGCUGAACUUCCUACGCUGGCUGCUGUGCACACAGCAUCUGUUGAAAUUGCCCCAAGGGCCCAUUUAUCCUGACCUUAGUUAGACAUGGCGAGCCAUGAGGGAUCAAGACAGGAUGGUGGGAUGGUGGAGCAUCAUGCUCCUGGCUCUGAGCACAUCCACCAGUGCAGCAAGCAGCUGAUGGAGGCAGGGCUGCCCCUUCCAGCGCAUCAGAUCCUCAGCGUGCGGAAACAGAUACUGCUCUCUCCUCCCAACAUUUUAUUUUUUAGGAAAUAUUUUCCUGGGUCAUUACUACAAUCCUGAAGUGACCCUAAGGUGGAAAUGACUGAACAACUCCAGUAAAUCAGACCUGUAACUUACUACCUGUGUUUCUGGUCUCAUUUCUGUGCAUUGUUGUAACUACUCCAAAGGAGGAUUUACCUUCCCUUUAUUAAGAGGUCCUCUCUUACACUGACUGAGACUUGCUUUACCUAGGUUUUUGUACUGUUUAAAGAUUAUUUUUUUAAUUACAAAUUUUAAAAUAGCUAUUUAGUGUCAAAGGAACUCUUUUGGAAAUAUCCAGUCAUAGUUUGUAUCAAAAUAUUGGGGUGCAAACUUCAAUCUGUUGUUACAUUACUUUUAGAAAUAGCUCUACACCCUCAAGUGAGUUCAUUAAGAAAAUCACAGUGCUUGAUGUCAGUAAAAAAUACAUAGGACAGACUGAAACUUUGUUUUGUCCACCUUUGAAAGUAAUUUUGUUUCUACUCUUAGAGUCAGUUUUUCAAUAGUUGCCAAAGUUCUGUGAUUUUAUUUUUCCUUUUCUUUUUACUUGUGUCUGUUACUCAAACAAGCUCAGUUUUCUUUGACAGCUGAUCAGUGUCAGUAAAUGUAACAUGUGAGAAUCCAUGAAUAAUGCAACGUCUUUGAGAGACAUAGAACUUAAUUUCUGGAAAUACUUUUCAGCAAAGGCUUUGAAUUACACAAUUUUAUGUCGUGCUUUUUCCAGUAGACUUGUUCAAGCUCAUCUGCUUUGAUAAUUAACAAGGACAUCACACAGGUGAUUCAGACUAAUUUUUAAAAAGUGCAUAAGUGUUUUUAAAAGGUGCGUGUGUGUGUGUGUGUCUCAGUCUGGACAAGUCAGUAACUCUUGCUCUUUGUUAGUUUUCCGUCCUCAUUUCUCAUAUGUGCAAUGUUUGGACUUAACAACUGCAGAGUUAACUAUUACUAAAAGGUAUUUCCUUUGGAAAUGUAAAUCAGUAGAGCUUUGUUUGCUGAUUUUUAAGGUUUAUGUGAGAGUUGCUUUUUCUAUUUGUUUGUUUGUGUCUGUUCUUUUUAAUGAAAACAGUUAUAGGGCCAAAUUGGACUAGAAUCACUGGGAAAGGUGAUUUUACUUUUUGCAUUGCAUGGCGUAGAGAGGAUAUGAAUUAUUUGUAUAUACUGAAAGAAGAAUCCUGCUUGGCUUAUCAGGGUUGUGUUUCUAUGAAAGCAGAGUUGAUACUUGAAGGAAACUGGGAGGGGACCCUUCACAUAUUGAAGGAUCACCACUGGUUUUCUGCAGAUACCCGCUUGCCAAAGACUGGCCUUCCACUGACCAAUUCUGCAGAACUUAAGAGAAUUUUAAUUUAAAAGGUAACUGAGCAAGAGAUUCUGGCAGUGCAACACAAUGUAUUGUCCUGGUGAGUGAAAGGAGUUUAUCUUGGGUAUACUGGAGUGGUUAUAAUUGUAUAAAAGUUCAUAUGUAUUUACUACAAAUAUAUAUUUGUGUUUGUGUGUCCACAUACACACAGACACGCAAAUUUUAAAAUUA